GCCUCGGAGGAGCCGGGGCCAGAGAGAGCGCGCCGGGCCCCGACGGCGCUGCCCGCACCCCGCCCAGCCUGCCGGCCCCUGGCGGCCCGGCCCGCCGCAGCCCCGCUGCUCCCGCUGCGCCCCGCUCCGCGUCCCCCCGCCGUUCCCCGGCGAUGCCGCGCGGCGCCGCCUGGGCGCUGGUUCUGGCCGCCGCCCUGGGGCUCGGGGCGCGCGCGGGGCGCUGCGCGGUGGCCCUCGCCGACUUCUACCCGUUCGGCGCGGAGCGCGGAGACGCCGUGACCCCCAAGCAGGACGACGGCGGCUCCGGGCUGCGGCCGCUCUCCGUGCCCUUCCCGUUCUUCGGCGCAGAGCACUCCGGCCUCUACGUGAACAAUAAUGGGAUCGUAUCCUUCCUGAAGGAGGUUUCUCAGUUCACCCCAGUGGCCUUCCCCAUCGCCAAGGACCGCUGUGUGGUGGCAGCCUUCUGGGCAGACGUGGACAAUCGGCGGGCAGGUGACGUGUACUACCGAGAGGCCACUGACCCAGCCACGCUGCACAGAGCCACGGAGGACGUCAGGCGCUACUUCCCCGAGCUCCAAGACUUCUCUGCCACCUGGGUUUUCAUAGCCACCUGGUACCGUGUGACCUUCUUUGGAGGCAGCUCGUCUUCCCCUGUCAACACAUUCCAGACCGUGCUUAUCACUGACGGCAAAUUCUCCUUCACCAUCUUCAACUAUGAGACCGUCACGUGGACCACAGGCACACAUGCCAGCAGCGGGGGCAAUGCCACUGGCCUGGGGGGCAUCGCAGCCCAGGCCGGCUUCAACGCGGGGGACGGGCGGCGCUACUUCAGCAUCCCCGGCUCCCGCACGGCGGACAUGGCGGAGGUGGAGGCCACCACCAACGUGGGUGUGCCCGGGCGCUGGGCGUUCAGAAUCGAUGAUGCCCAGGUGCGCGUGGGGGGCUGCAGCCACACAACCUCCGUGUGCCUGGCCCUGCGUCCCUGCCUCAACGGGGGCAAGUGCAUCGAUGACUGUGUCACGGGAAACCCCUCCUACUCCUGCUCCUGCCUCUCGGGCUUCACAGGGAGGAGGUGCCACCUGGAUGUGAACGAGUGCGCUUCCCACCCGUGUCAGAACGGCGGGACCUGCACACACGGCGUCAACAGCUUCAGCUGCCAGUGCCCGGCUGGCUUUGGGGGACCCACCUGUGAGACAGUACAGUCGCCAUGUGCUACCAAGGGGUGUGAGCACGGCGGCCAGUGCCAGGAGGAGGGCGGCUCUGCAGUGUGCGUGUGCCCAGCUGGCUACACGGGCAAGGCCUGCGAGACAGAGGUGGAUGAAUGCGGCUCUGGCCCGUGCCUGAACGGGGGAACGUGUGUGGACCUGGUGGGGAACUUCACCUGCCUGUGCACAGAGCCCUUCGAGGGACCCCGCUGUGAGACAGGAAGCCACCCAGUGCCUGACGCUUGCCUCUCGGCCCCUUGCCAGAAUGGGGGCACCUGUGUGGAUGCAGAUCGGGGCUACGUGUGCGAAUGCCCCCAAGGCUUCACAGGCCUGGACUGCAGGGACAGAACCCCCAGUGGCUGUGAGUGCCACAAUGGUGGCAGAUGCCCGAGAGCCAACGCCACCCUCUGCCAGUGCCCCCCAGGCUUCUUCGGGCUCCUCUGUGAAUUUGAGGUCACAGCCACGCCCUGCAGCAUGAACACACAGUGCCCUGACGGGGGCUACUGCAUGGAGUACGGCGGGAGCUAUCUCUGCGUCUGCCACACAGGACACAACGUCAGCCACUCACUGCCAUCGCCCUGCGACUCUGACCCCUGCUUCAACGGAGGCUCCUGUGAUGCCCACGAUGACACGUACACGUGUGCAUGCCCACGCGGGUUCCACGGCAGGCACUGCGAGAAAGCCCGGCCGCGCCUGUGCAGCUCAGGGCCCUGCAGGAACGGGGGCACGUGCAAGGAGGCAAGCGGCGAGUACCACUGCAGCUGCCCCUACCGCUUCACCGGGCGGCACUGUGAGAUCGGAAAGCCAGACUCGUGCGCCUCUGGCCCCUGUCACAACGGUGGCACGUGCUUCCACUAUAUCGGCAAAUACAAGUGUGACUGUCCCCCAGGCUUCUCUGGGCGGCACUGCGAGAUAGCCCCCUCCCCCUGCUCCCAGAGCCCCUGCGUGAAUGGGGGUACCUGCGAGGACCUGGGCACAGAUUUCUCCUGCCGCUGCCAAGCAGGGUACACAGGACACCGGUGCCAGGCAGAGGUGGACUGCGGCCCCCCGGAGGAGGUGGAGCAUGCCACACUGCACUCCAGCGGCACUCGCCUGGGCUCGGUGGCCCUGUACGUGUGUGACCGAGGCUACAGCCUGAGCACCCCCAAGCACGUCCGGGUUUGCCAGCCACAGGGUGUCUGGAGCGAGCUUCCCCGAUGCCACGAAGUGGAUGAGUGCCGGUCCCAGCCAUGCCUGCAUGGGGGCUCCUGCCAGGACCGUGUCGCCGGGUACCUGUGUGUCUGCCGCGCAGGGCGCGAGGGAGCCCAGUGUGAGCUGGAGACAGACGAGUGCCGAGGGCAUCCCUGCAGGAACGGAGGCUCCUGCAGGCCCCUCCCGGGGGCCUUUGUCUGCCAGUGUCCGGCGGGCUUCGCUGGGGAGCACUGCGAGACAGAGGUGGACGCCUGCGACUCCAGCCCCUGCCAGCACGGAGGCCGGUGUGAGAAUGGCGGCGGGGCCUACCUGUGCGUCUGCCCAGAGGGCUUCUUCGGCUACCACUGUGAGACAGUGAGUGACCCCUGCUUCUCCAGCCCCUGUGGGGGCCGUGGCUACUGCCUGGCCAGCAAUGGGUCCCACAGCUGCACCUGCAAAGUGGGCUACACGGGCAAGGACUGCGCCAAAGAGCUCUUCCCACCAACGGCCCUCAAGGUGGAGCGAGUGGAAGAGAGCGGGGUCUCCAUUUCCUGGCGCCCGCCCGAGGGCCAGGCCAGCAGGCAGGUGCUGGACGGCUACGCGGUCACCUACGCAUCCCCCGACGGCUCCUACCGCCGCACCGACUUCGUGGAGAGGGGCCGCUCCUCGCACCGGCUUCGGGCGCUGGCGGCCGGCAGGCCCUACACCAUCUCCGUCUUCUCGGUCCGGCGCAACGCGGGCAACAAGAACGACAUCAGCAGGCCGGCCGUGCUGCUCGCGCGCACACGACCCCGCCCUGUCGAGGGCCUUGAGGUCGCCGAUGUGACAGCCAGCACCAUCUCUGUGCGGUGGGCUCUGCACAGGAUCCGUCACGCCACUGUCAGUGGCAUCCGCAUGCUGCUCCGGGGCCCCGAGGCCCAAGAGGGCCAGUCUACUGAUGUGGACAAGGCCGUGGACAAGUUCACGUUUGGGGCUCUGCUGCCAGGAAGGAGAUACACCAUCCAGGCGACUGCCCUCAGUGGGCUCGGAGGACAGGAGCAUCCCACCGAGAGCCUGGCCUCAGCACCGCUGCACGUGUGGACUCGGCCCCUGGCUCCCGCAAACCUGACCGCUGCCCGGGUCACAGCCACCUCUGCCCAUGUAGUCUGGGAUGCCCCCACUCCGGGCACCUUGCUGGAGGCCUAUGUCAUCAAUGUGACCACCAGCCAGACCACCAAGAGCCGCUACAUCCCCAAUGGGAAGCUGAGCUCCUACACAGUGCGGGACCUGAUGCCCGGGCGGCGGUACCAGCUUUCCGUGACGGCCGUGCAGAGCGCCGAGGGUGAGCAGCUGCACAGUGAGCCUGCCCACAUCUACAUCAUCACCUCCUCAAGGGACGGCGCUGACAGACGCUGGCACCGGGAAGGACUCCACCCUCGGGUGCUCAGAAACAGACUGACCCCCGCACGCCUGCCAGAGCUGCGCCUGCUCAGCAGCCAAGACCCCCCCGACAUGCUGACCUCAGUCCCCAGGUUCUCAGAGCUUGUGGAUGGCAGAGGGCGGGUGAGCACCAAGGUCCACAGCUUGCCCGGCAUCACCGUGAGACCACAACCCACGGCUCCGGUGCAGCUCGCGAAUGUGGAGCCGGCCCCCGAGCAGGCCAGCCAGGCCCCCCAGCUCCCCGAGCACGGCCGCAACGAGCACAUGGAAAGGUGAUCUGCUCCUUCUCUCAGGAAGCUGUUAGACUUUUAUUCCCCAAGGAAAAUAGGAUCCCCAGAGAGCCCUAGAAACCUCAAGAGCAGAGUUUGAUUGGCGUUUCCUCACCAAGCAAUUCUCCAGGUCAGGGCUGCACCUUCGAGUCCCCAGGAGCAGCUCAUGAUCAAACCUGCCACUGCAGGGGUUGGGAGUGAAUGCUGAGGCUAGUCAGAUUCUUCCUGUUUUUCCAGCUUCUCACCCCAGCGGGGCUUUGGGACUAUCCUGGUUUUAUCCCCUGGACAACUACACAGGUGGUCUGGGUGGCUGCCACCCAGAAAGAGGCAGGCAGUUACCAUCCUCAGACAACAGCAGGCAAGGACAGAAUUUAAAACUGUACUCAUUAAUGUGUCCUCACAGAGGGGCAGCCCACUGCCCCCACCCCAGCAUGCAGCAACAUCCCAUCCCCCGUGCCUUCUCUGUUUUCAUUUAAUGUGUGUGUGUGUGAUGAUAAAUUUGGCAUGUAGUGGAGACAACUUUGUAGAACGAGGCUACAGUAGGUGCUGGUUUGGUAAAACCCCCCAGUGCUACAUGAGUUGCAGGGUUAGAGCCUUAGACACCCAGGAAUGGUAUGAAUUUCACUAAUAGUCUCUGCAGCCUGGUGUCCCAAUUACAGAGGGUUGAGAUUGCUGACAGGGUUUCACAGUUUCUGAAUACCCCCUGCAUGCUGCCAAUUCACAGAGAAGGGACCCAGACAGCAAAAACAAUCCUUAAAAAGUAAGACACACACACACUCCAUUGUGAAAACUUAUGGCAAAGCAAUGGUAAUAAAGUCAGUGUGACACUGGCACCAGCACAGACUCACCAAUCAAUGGGAUAGAAACGAGAGUCGAGAAAUGAGCCCUUAUGUCUGUGGUCAACUGAUUCCGAUAAGGGGGCCCAGACUGUUCAGGGGGGGAAGAGCCUUUACCAAGUGGUGCUGGGACAACACCACAGGCAGAAGAAUGAAGUGGGACGGCUGCCUCACUACACAAAAUUGACUCCGUGUGGGUCAGAGAGCUAACGGAAGAAUGAAAACUAUAAAACUCUUAGAAGAAAACACAUGGUAAAUAUUCAUGAUAUUUGAUUUAGCAAAGGAUUUUUAGGUUUUAGAUUAACCAAAAGCAUGAGAAAUAAAAGAAAAAAAGAUAAAUUGGACUUUCUCAAAAUUUAAAAAACUUUUUGUGCUUCAAAGGACACCAUCAAGGAAGUGAAAAAACAAUCCAUAGAAU